AUGAAGCAAAUUAUUGUCACGGGUGCAGCAAAUGGACUUGGCCGGCAUAUAGCAACAAAAUUUCUCUCUCGAGGCUGCUACGUAACACUAGCAGAUAACGAUAAAACGUCGCUGAAAGCACUUGAACAACUACUUUCAAAUGAUCCUUCCGUGUUUCCACCAGAUUCUGGUCGUUCAGUUCAAAGUCACACUUUAUUUUAUAGUUGUAAUGUCAAUGAUGAAUUAUCCAUAUCUUCAUGUAUUGCUGCUACUGUGAAGAAAUUUUCUGGUUUAGACGCUCUUAUUAAUAAUGCUGCUCUAGUAAGCCCAUGGAUCGGCGGCAGAGACGAUCCUAGUACAUCAUUCGACGCCGUACCUGUUUCACACUUUCGUAACUUCAUAGAGACAAAUCUUAUUGGUCCCUACAUAUGUUCUCGCUAUGCUGCUUCACAUCUUCGUGUUUCAAAAGGUUGCAUAAUCAACAUCUCAUCCACUCGUGCUCUCCAAUCCGAAACCAACAAUGAAGGUUAUUCUGCAAGCAAAGCUGGACUCAUUGGACUUACACAAGCAAUGGCUGUUAGUUUUGCAGGUUUCGGUGUUAGAGUCAAUGCGGUCUCACCCCGCUGGAUCGAUGUCCGUGAUAUGGAUACGAGACAGUUGGUUCGACAUGGUGAACCAGCUCUUAUUUCUCCUCUAACAGAGUUGGAUCAUUUACAACAUCCUGCUGGUUGUGUUGGUGUACCUGAAGAUGUCACAAAAAUCGUAGAAUUUUUAGUAGACGAUGUUAAUGGAUUUAUUACAGGACAGGCAAAAAAUCGUCCACGACUUGAUCUUGAAGAUUCUCAUAUAACAGACGAUGAAGUUAAAAUGUGGACUGGUUGGCGUCGAAGUGAACUUUCAGUUAUGCGCAAGGCGAUUUCGGGACAGAGGAAAGACAGUAAAAAUCGCUCGACUGAACUAGCAUUAGCUAUGUUUUGGAUCAAGUUACGUACUAAUCUAACUUAUGAUCAGAUCGGUAUGUUGAUGGACUAUAAAUCUCCAAUUGAUGAUUAUAGAAAACGAGUUGCUGAAACAUGUUCAUCUGUUCAAGACAAUCUUCUAGCUCAUUUUGUUCCGAAGUUUCUCGGAGUGAAUCACCUGAAUCGUAAUCAAGCAUUAGCUCAUCAGACAAUCUAUUCGAAAACUUUUUUUGGGAAUAAUGUUGCUCUCGUCCUUGACGGGAUAUAUUAUUUUAUUCAAAAGAGCCAAGAUCACGCGUUUCAAAGGUCAACCAAUUCAGCACAAAAAAAACGUCAUCUAGUAAAGAUGUUAUCUAUUGUACUUUCCGAUGGAUAA